UUUUCAGUACCGUUACGUAUAUGGCAUACAAUUGCCAACGCUCUUAAUGCAAUUUACAACUAUUUGAAAGUAUAUUCAGUAAAACACACCCAAUAACAUUUAUAUUGAACUGUGUAAAAUUAAAUUGUUUAUUUUCACAUUAUAAAUAUUUUUAAAUAUUUAAAAUUCUCAACCAAAUUUAAAAAUUAUUAUAUUUACGUACUAUAUAUGUGAAGUGUUAUAUUUUCUUCUACAAGUACAUAUUAUACUUGUAGGCAUCUGUGUAAAUAACAAAAGUUUAAAAAAAUUUAAUUAAUUUACAAAUUUUUUUUUUUUUAUAUUAAUAGUUUUACUAAUAGAAAUUAAAGGAAAAAAUUGUACGAAAAUAUAUUUUUCUACUUUCCCGAAAGUAAUUAUUUGGUAAAAAAAAAUGGAGCAAGUAUUUCCAGGACAACAUACAACAACAACGACAGUGACAACAACGUCAUCACCAACGAGUAUUAGAUUUGAUAAAUCGUACCUUAGAACAUUACCAGGAAUGUUGAAAGCCGCUCAGGCGAUUUUGGAUUUAUUGGGAUUCAUUUGCAUUUCGGUGGCAGCCGGAAGUUACAGUAGUCGAGGAAAUUAUUUUAAUACAGUGGCCAUGAUUGGAUUUUGGAUUACUUGCACCUUACUGGCCCUUUAUGUAUUUCAUGUGGUGGAAAAAUUCAAUAGAAUUCCCUGGUUAAAAAUUGAAAUGUACUUUUGCGGUGCAUUGAGUAUUUUUUACUUUGCUGCUGCAUGCGUUGCUGCUACUAGCGUUAGUAUUGAUCCAGGCUAUGGAGCUGGUGCGUUUUUCGGCUUCUGCGCAACUGCUGCGUAUGUUUACGACGCGUGGAUUAAAUUCAAUGGAGUGAGAAGUGGAGCUUGUGCUCAGGGACAACAUCCAUCUUCGAAGCCUAUUUCAACAGUAACAAGUCCAGCUUACUAAUUGUAAAAUUUUUCUCCUAAAGAAAAUUCUACUUUAAAAGGCACAGAAUUUACAGUUUAAGAAUUUUUUUUUUUUUUUUUUU